AUGGUCGAGUUGUACACGCCGUCGGUCCCCCACACGUCCUCCGAAGCCAAAGUCCACACGGUCGACAUCCUCAUCAUCGUCGCCGUCCUGUUCUUCACUCUGGUCGUCGCAAUCGUCGCGUCCAUCCAAGCGGGCGAAAGUCGCUUGAUCCAGUACCUCCCCUGUCUUCGUCGACUGUCAGCUGCCAAGCGCCCCGUUGUACUAAAGCCCGCAAAGGCCGAGUCCCCCGGGGACAGCUAUGUGGUAUCCGAGACCACUCCGUGCAAGAAGAACCUGCCACCGGGGGACGAGCGCGGGUCGACGAUCCCCCAAACUCGACUUUCUGCCUCAUUGAGUGCACGGGACGGACGCGGCGACGCUCAAGACAACGAAAUGGCCAACUUCUUCUUGGCCGACCGCGGAAUGCAGUGGUACUUUGUCGGCGGAGCGCUCUUUGCCAGUAACAUUGGGGCCGAGCACUUUAUCGGUAUGGCAGGCGACGGCGCCCGGCGGGGCAUUGCCGUCGCCAUGUACGAGUGGUACGCGGCCAUUUUGAUCCUGUGCCUGGGCUGGCUCUUCUCGCCCAUUUACCGCCGCUCGGGGGUCUACACGACCCCGGAGUUUCUCGAAUACCGCUUCGGGGCUCCCUGUCGACACUACCUCUCGCUCGUGACGGUCAUCAUGUACGUCUUGACGAAAAUGAGUGCCAGUAUCUACGGUGGUGCGAUUGUUUUCCAAGCGACUUUGGGCUGGAACCUCUACCUCGGCGCCGGCGCGUGCAUUGUGCUCAGUGCCAUGUACAGCAUUGCAGGGGGUCUUCGGGCGGUCAUGUACACGGACUUGUUCCAAAUGUGUGUCUUCACCAUAGGGGGCCUCGUGAUCUUUACGUACUCGAUGAACCAGAUUGGCGGCUUUAACGGCAUUGAAGCCAACUUGGCCAACCAAGGGCGCUCGGACUGGUUCCAUCUGUGGAAACCCACGAACGACCCGGACUAUCCCUGGACCGGUAUGCUCUUUGGUCAGCCCAUGGGGUCCAUUUGGUAUUGGUGCAUGGACCAAGACCUUGUCCAGCGCGUCUUGUCGGCCAAGGACACGGCCAAUGCCAAAGCAGGGUGUUCGUUUGCCAGUAUGCUCAAGAUCCUGCCGCCGUUCCUCAUUGUCAUCCCCGGCAUCAUUGCCAGUAUCUACUUUGACUUUAGCAAGAUUGCCAAUGGCACGGACGCUGCGUACCCGACGUUGCUCAUGGAAAUGAUGCCCCACGGUAUCAUUGGGCUCAUGAUCUCGAGCAUCAUCACUGCCAUGAUGGCGAGUCUCGCGUCCGUGUUUGCAGCUGGUUCGUCCGUGGUCACCAACGAUAUUUACCUGCAGUUCCGUCCCAAUGCUUCGACCAAGCAGCUCGUUUGGGUCGGCCGCAUGAGUAUCGUUCUCUUUGCCGUGCUGAGUUUCUGCUGGAUCCCCAUCAUGCGCAAUGGAACGGGUCUCUACGAACAGAUUGUGGAGAUUCAGAGCUACUUGACGCCACCCAUUGGUAUUGUGCUAGUGCUGGGUGUGACUUGGCAGCCUGCUAACGUGUACGGCGCGUUCUCAGCAAUGGUUGUCGGUGGUCUGCUUGGGUUCUCACGGCUCAUCUUCGUGACGAUCAAAGACGACAGCCUCGAUGGCGAUCUACCGGAACCCCUGAACACGUUUUUCUACAUGAACUUCCAGCACUUUGCCUUGUUGCUGUGGGUCACGGCCAUGGUCGUGUGCGUCACGGUUAGUCUGCUCACGCAGCACAAGAACCGGCCAUCGGACGAAGUUCGGAAGUACAUGAUCCACUGGGACAAGGUGCUCAAGCUAGACGCCACGGAGCUCGCGAAGCCCACAUGGGUGAAUGUGCUCGUUGCUGGCAGUGGCAUUACCGCUCUUAUCAUCACGUUUUCAAUGUGGAUCUACUUUGCGUGA